GACGUGUUCCUCAUGAUCCGGCGCCACAAGACCACCAUCUUCAUGGACGCCAAGGAGUCCAGCACGGUGUUCAAACUGAAGCGCAUGGUCGAGGGCAUCCUCAAGCGGCCUCCUGACGAGCAGCGGCUGUACAAGGAUGACCAACUCUUGGAUGAUGGCAAGACACUGGGCGAGUGUGGCUUCACCAGUCAAACAGCACGGCCACAGGCCCCAGCCACAGUGGGGCUGGCCUUCCGGGCAGAUGACACCUUUGAGGCCCUGUGCAUCGAGCCGUUUUCCAGCCCGCCAGAGCUGCCCGAUGUGAUGAAGCCCCAGGACUCGGGAAGCAGUGCCAAUGAACAAGCUGUGCAGUGAGGACCCCCAAGAGGCCCAUUUCCCCCAAUAAAAGAGAUUUGGGAGUCUG